GUUUCAGGUAUCAAAAAUCUGAUUUAGUUAAACUAGAUAUCCUUUUGAAUGGCCAAGCUGUAGAUGCAAUGGCAACUAUUGUUCAUAACUUAAAGGCACAAAGAGUUGGCCGUGAAUUGGUGGACAAGUUAAAGAAGUUCAUUGACAGGCAAAUGUUCGAGAUCUCAAUACAAGCUGCAAUUGGUUCAAGGAUCAUUGCCCGUGAGACCAUUUCAGCUAUGAGAAAAAAUGUUUUAUCAAAAUGCUACGGUGGUGACGUUACGAGAAAGAGGAAGCUUCUAGAAAAACAGAAGGAAGGAAAGAAGCGCAUGAAGCGGGUGGGAUCUGUUGAUAUACCUCAAGAGGCAUUCCAUGAACUUUUGAAAGUUUCCAAGGAGUGAGAUGCGUGUUUUUUUAAGGUCUAUUCACUUGCAUGUACAUUUUAGUUGUAUAUGUAUCUUAACAUUAAGGUAUGUAAUCGUUUCAUGUAGUUAGUUGUUCAUUCUUUCUUUAACGUGAACUUAUUAAAUGUUAUUAUUUUAUAAAUAAACUGUAUUUAAUUUGAUGAUCAAUUUUUAAUAGGAUGGGUACAAUGAAGCUCAAUGCUAUUAAAUUAUAAUC